AUGGGCUGGCUAUGGGGAUCAAGUCCUCAAAAGGGCGAUUCCGAAAACACACCUACACCACCCUCAAAUACGAACCCUUCCGAACCAGCGCCUCCGAAUGCACCGCCGACAAAGAAUAUGACCCCAGCCGAACUGGCCGACUUUGAAUUCAAUCAGCUCUUCGCCAGUCUCCAAGAAGCAGAGAAGAACCCGAACAAAUCCAAUCUGCUAUCGAAUGGCGACGCGACUCCCUCCGAACCUAUCUCCUCCAUCGCUGAAGAAUCUCUCUACGCGGACGAAAUGUCCUGCCGCACGGCGUUCGACUACGCCUUCUUCUGUCAAUCCUUCGGCGGCCAAUUCGUGAAUGUCUACCGAUACGGUGAAAUGCGCUCAUGCAGCGAGCACUGGGAUAAUUUCUGGCUCUGCAUGAAGACCCGAGGCUGGGGAGACGAGUUGCGCAAAAAGGCCAUCCGCGCCCAUAACCAGAAGAAGGCUAUCAAGUGGAAGACAGGUCCUAGCAGUGAGGAUGUUUGGGACGUUCGACUUGAUCCGGCCCGCGAUGCUUUCAAGGGCGACUUUGCUGCCCUGGAGCGCGAGAUGAAGGCUGAUGCAGAAGCCGAGGCACCUCAAAAAGCGGCUGCAUGA